AUGAACCACGGUCCUCAAGAUAUGUAUUAUGCUUCACAUAUGUCAAAUGGGCAGCCUCCACCACCGCAGACUGUCACAUCAGGCGGCAUGGGACACUAUCCUCAGCAACAUCAGCAGCCCCCGUUAUUGCAGCCAGGCCCUGCGCAGUAUAACCCAGCGCCAGCGCCGUAUCAGCAGUAUGGCUAUGCGAAUGGGCUGACCUCUCCUCAAUCAGCGGGUCACCAAGUUCCUGGUUCAAUGGGCCAACAACAAAAUGUUUUACCUUUGCCAGCAAUGUCUGCUACCCAACCUGGUAUGCCAGGGCAAGGAUUUGGAGCACAGCAAGGAUUUGACACCACUGGACAAAUUGCUCCACCUGGGAUGAAACCAAGAGUGACUGCGACCUUGUGGGAGGAUGAAGGUAGUUUGUGCUUCCAAGUCGAGGCGAAGGGGGUUUGUGUUGCACGACGUGAGGACAAUCACAUGAUCAAUGGUACCAAGCUCUUGAACGUUGCUGGAAUGACUCGAGGCCGACGAGAUGGCAUUUUGAAGAGUGAAAAAAUGAGACAUGUGGUUAAAAUCGGGCCUAUGCAUUUGAAAGGCGUUUGGAUUCCAUUCGAACGUGCUCUGGAUUUUGCAAAUAAGGAGAAGAUCACGGAAUUGCUUUAUCCCCUAUUUGUUCAUAACAUUGGGGCUCUUUUAUAUCAUCCUACAAACCAAACACGGACGAACGCAGUGAUGGCCGCUGCAGAACGCAGAAAACAGGAGCAGAACCAGAUGCGAAACACCCAAGCACCUGGUCUACCUUCACUGCAUCAACACCACCAUCACUCGAUGAGCAGCUCGAUAGGCGGACAUUUGCCAGGCCCACAGCAUUCUCUGGCACCUCAUCCAAGUGUCCCACGCCCGGGCAUUGACAGAGCACACACUUUCCCUACUCCUCCAACCAGCGCAUCCAGUGUGAUUGGGAAUAUGGGCAGCUCAGACGGAAGUUUUCAGUGGGGAACACAGAGUGGUAUGGGGAGUGUUCAAGGUACAAAUCCCCUGUCUAUAGACACGGGUUUAAGUAACGCACGCUCAAUGCCUACAACUCCAGCGACGACCCCUCCGGGGACCUCGAUCCAAAGCAUGCAGCAGUACCAACAGCCUCCGCAACCUUACGACACCUCGCGGCAAAUGUACUCUGCUCCACCCACGCAACAACCCGUCUAUCAACAAUCGACACCUGACCAGCAAAACAUGGCACGGUAUUCUCAGCCUAGCUCAUACAUCAAGAACGAAAUGGGCCCCCCAUCAGCACGAGUACCAGGAUCUGAAGCCGAGCAUCAUGAGCCAAAAGAUGCUAAUGGGUUGAUCCAUCACAACCAGCAAAGCCAAGGUCAGGUCAGUCAUGGCCACGAGGACGAGGGGGAUCAUGAGCACGAGGCAGAGUACACUCAUGGUAAUCCUUCAAACUACGAUGCGAAUCGAGGGUCCUACAGCUACAACAACGGACCAGCAGUUGGCUCGAUAACUGGAGAGCAUCCCCACCUGUCUCCAGAAAUGACUGGUUCUCCCAAUCACCCAGCGUCCGGUCGAGCCACCCCCAGAACCGCUUCUGCGCCACAGCCAUACUAUGCGCAGCAACAAGGCUACAACACGCCUCCGCGAGUCCAACCACCGUCGAGUAAUCUGUAUAAUGUAAUGAGCAGUGAGCGUGGAACCGCGAAUGGCAGCAGCAAUGGGGACGUGUAUGCACCACAGUCAGACAUGGGAAACUCCAUCCCAAAUGGCUACGCAAGUCAGCAACCCGUGAUGAAUGGUGCGCCGACAAGCAACAAGCGGGGACGGGAUGACGAUGAUGACGGAAGACCUUCGAGCAGAGGCCCAGAUGUUGACUUAAAGAGAAGGAAGACGAUCCGUGAAGGAUCCAUCUCUGGACCUCCAAGUUACGAAGCCGCUCCUCUGAACCGGCCUCGAACCGUCAUCCCGCAAAGACGUCGAUAA